CUGUUAUUAAUACAUGAAGUGCGGUUUUACGAAGAAUAUUAUAUUUGUUUUAGGUUCUUUUCAAUAUUUUUUUUACUGAUUUUCGAACAAAUAAAUAAAAAUGUUUCGGCAAGUUAUUCCACAAAUGAUUAAGAAUAGUCGUAUAAUUAAAAACAUGCAAAUUUCUACUGACACUAUUGAUAUUAAUAUGAAAUUAGAAAAAUCUAUAAAUCAAGUUACUUUAUUAGGAAGAGUAGGAGGCGAGGCACAGAAAAAGGGUAGCGAUGAACAUCCUGUUGUUAUUUUUUCUCUUGCCACACAUAAUAAUUACAAAUAUACGAAUGGAGAUUUUGUGCAACGAACAGAUUGGCAUAAAAUAUGUGUUUUUAAACCAAAUUUACGUGAAAAUGUGUAUACUUAUUUAAAAAAGGGUCAAAGAGUAUUAGUAUCAGGAAAAAUAAGUUAUGGAGAAUAUAAAGAUGAAGAGGGUAUCAUUAAAUCAACUACUGCAGUGAUAGCAGAUGAUGUAAUAUUUUUUCAUCAUUAGAUUUAUAAAUAUAAUAUAAUUAUGUAUAAUAUUUUAAUAUGUAAUGAUAUCAUUUUAUUUUACUAAAAUGUAAAAUGUAUAAAUAAAAUUAAAUAUGAAAAAUUUUAUAUGAAAAUAAACAUUUAUUUUUAAAUAUUUUCAUAUAAAAUUUACA